CCUCAAACAGCCACCAUGGAGGAACUCCAGAGAAAACUGGAUCAGCACUAUGAAGGCACCAAGCCCAGAAAGGUGAGGUUCAAGCUGGCGUCGUCCUACAGCGGUCGAGUGCUGAAGCACGUGUACGAGGACGGGCAGGAGCUGGAUAGUCCCGAGGAGAAGUACCCUCACAGCUUCGUUCACCGCAAGAUCCCCCCCAGCCACCUGGAGGUGGAGCAGCUCUGUGGCUUUGAGGAUGCUCAUGGGGACAAAGCGGGUGUUCAUCCUCCAACAGGGCUCAUUGCCCAGAGAAUAAACGUGUACAGAGGAAUGGGAAGCUACAAGCCCGCUGCAGGCCAGACAGAGGAAGCAGAGGGAGGGGCCCAAUCCUCAGUGUUGGAUUUUGGCAAAAUAAUCAUCUACACCAGCAAUCUGCGCAUCAUCAGAGCGCCUCCGAGGAAGCCUGAAGUGUCACGGCACCACACAGGGCCUCCUUUGGACUUGGAGGGAUACCCAAAGGCCAGAGAGAGGGGGAGCAGGAGGAGGGCUAAAGCUCUGUGUGCAGCGGGGGGUGAGGAGAAGGAGGAGAAACCGAUCAGUGACACAGAGACCAAGGAGGCGGACAGCUGCCAGCAUUGUGGCGGUUCGGGCUGCACUCCCUGCUCUCUGUGUCAUGGCAGCAAGCUGUCCAUGCUGGCGAACCGCUUCAAUGAGUCCAUCAGUGAUCUGCGUUGCCAAGCCUGCUACCCCCAUGGUCUGGAGAAGUGCCAGUCCUGCUCCAGCAAAUAGCACUGUUUGGCUGAUACUCAUGUCUGGCAUAGAGAGAAUGAGUUAGUCAGUGAAUGAGUGUGUAGCUGUGAGCGAGUGCAUACCGGAUGUGCUAUGGGUUUUGUCACAAUUUUCUCCGCGGCAAUAUUUCGCUAAUCCAAAGUGUUCUUGGUGGGGUGUUUCGGAGCACUAUAGGAAAUAUAAGCCAUCAUUGGAAGGGGAAUUAUGAAUUGUGCAGCGGGCACAAAAUCAUAAAAUACAAUUACUGUGUGCAGUGAACAUGGGUUGCGAUAAGACAAAUACAUUAUCACUUUUUUGUUUUUACAUUAUUUUGCAUCUGCGCCCCUUCUUCCUGAUAAAACUGUGUUCUACGUCAGUGUUAUCAGUUUAAUUAAAAUCAUGCAAAGAUUUCGCUUUUUAUUUAUUCUACUGGGAAGGCUGUCCUGUUGCUAUCUCCACUCUCUAGUCACCAGAGAGAAUAAAACCCUUUAUGUCCAAAUAUGAUGUAGCUGGAGAAAAAAUACUGUGCGAUAAAGACUUUAAGAUGAAGAAAGAGAAUAAGAACUACAGGCAGAAUGAGGGAUGAGCAUAAAUCAAAAGAAGCAUUUAAAGCAAAUUCGAACAAUGAUUAAAGUUUAAUGCACCCAACAAUGGCAAAAUGCACUCCUGCUUUGAAAGGUUGAUGAAUUGGUGAGUAAAUAAGUUACACACUUUUCAUAGCAUUUAAAGACUUUGGGUGCACACACUUUGAGAGGAGAUGAGAUGGAGAUAAGACUUUAAGGAGAACAGUUAAAUAAAUGACAAUGUCACUGUUUUUUACUAUUAUUAAUAAUCCCAUUCUCAGGUUAUUGCCAUUGUAAUUUGAUCUAAAGAUGUAUCCACCGUUUUGAUAUAUGAAUAAAA